AACAAAAGCAGAUAAUGGAUAAGAAUACCAAUAAAAUAGUAAAGGGAUAGAGAAAGUGAAAAGAGUAAGAAUAUACAGAGUGUGUUGACAACUUGACACCCUGUUUUCCUGGGGUGUGUGAGUGACAGCUAUCUAGUGUUCCCCACUUUGUGUGUGUAUAUGUGUGAGUGGUUUGUUUUUUCCACCUAUCAUUUGCUUUCAAACACUAACUUCUUCAACAACUCUGGAAUAAUAAUCUGAAUUCCUGAAGUUGAACCCUGUCCAUUACUUUUUUCCUUCUUCACCUUCCGUCUGCAUCUUCUUCCAUGGCUUCUGAUUCUCACACUCCAACUGCAACUACUCCUGAAAAGCCAUUAGAGAACAAGGUGAACGAGGAAGCUAAGUUGAUGGAGAAAGAGAUUGGGUCGUCGGAUUCUGCGAAUGUGGUGAAUGAUAAACCGGCAUUGGAUUCAAACACAGAGGUUAUUAAAGAAGAAGAGAUUGAUCAAACUCCUGCGGGUGAACCAGAGAAAGAAUCUCCUGCAGUGGUGGAAGAAGUUGGAGUAGUUGUGGAAGCAGAGGAAUCUACAGAGUCAGAGAAACAUGCAAAUGGUGAGAGGGGAGCUGAAGAAGUUGAACUUAAGGAACUAACCCUUGUGAAAGAGGGUGUUGCAGAAGUUAAUGUUGAAGCUAAAGAUGCGAAGAAAGCAGAAGAGAAGCCUACCGUGGAGAAUGUUGUUGAAGAAAACAAUAAGGAGGAGACGAAGAUUGUUGAUGUACCUGAAUUAGCAGAUGAAGCUGGAGGCAAACUGGUGGAGCCAGUUGAUGUUCAAUCUGUUAGAGAUGCAUCUGCAGAGACGGCAGAAGAAAAAAUCAAAGAUUUGGAGGCUCUUGAAGUCGAGCCAAAGACAGAGGCUUCCGAAAAAGUUGAGACUCAGCCUGAGAAACUAAAGGACUUAGCACCAGAUGUUGAAGUAGUAAAGGCAGAGGAAACACCUGAAACAACAGAACAAGCUAAGGUUGAGCUUGACGGAAAGCUGGAGGAUAUAAAUGUUGAGGCCAAAGACUUUGGUAUCAACCCCAAGGAUGAAAAGAUAUCUGAAUCUGGUUCUGCUUUGUGUCCUGAGGAAAUUGUAUCAACAAAUCAGGAAUCAGACACUGAUCCUAAAAGGGAUAUUGAAGGAGACGCUUCUUCUCCUGCUGAUCUCAUUGAGAAGGCCGUCACAGAAGAGAAGCAUGUAGUGGAUGAACCAUCAAAAGAAGAAAAAAUUUCUGAAUCUGGUGCUGCUUUGUGUCCUGAAGAAAUUGUAUUGGCGACAAAGCAAGAAUCAGACACUGUCCCUAAAAAUGAGACUGAAGGAGAUGCUUCUUCUCCUGUUGACGUCAUUGAGAAGGCCAAUACAGAAGAGAAACAUGUGGUGGAUGAAAACAUUUCUGAAUCUGGUGCUGCUUUGUGCCCUGAGAAAGUUGUACCGUCAAACCAAGAAUCAGACACAAACCCGAAAGAAGAGAUUGAUGGAGGCGCUUCUUCUCCUUCUGAUAUCAUUGAGAAGGCCAUUACUGAAGAGAAGCAUGCAGUUGAUGAACCAUCAAAGGAUGCAACAGCUUCUGGUUCUGCUUUAGUCCCUGAGAAAGUUGUACCGUCAAACGAAGUAUCAGACACAAACUCCAAAGAGGAGACUGAAAGAGACGCUCCUUCUCCUGCACACGUCAUUGAGAAGGCCAUAACUGAAGAAAAGCAUGUAGUGGAUGAACCAUCAAAGGAUGAAAAACCUUCUGAAUCUGGUUCUGCAUUGUGCCCUGAGACAGUCGUACCCACAAACCAGGAUUCAGACACAACCCCGAAAAAGGAGACUGAAGGAGACGUUUCUUGUCCUGAUGAUGUAAUUGAGAAGGCCAUUACUGAAGAGAAGCAUGUAGUGGAAGAACCAUCAAAGGAUGAACAAGAGAAUGUAAGUGAAGCCAAAGAUGUCGUCACAAAGCUAGCUACAGAAGGUGAGAACAUCAAGAAAGGUACUGAGUCACCUGCUGCAGUUGUCAAAAGCGAAGAGACUUUGAAAGAAACUGACACAGAGUCAGGAGAGAAGGAAACUGCAGCAACCAAACAAGAGGAAACAAUCACAGAAAAGGUAGCAGAGGUUGUAGAAACAGAACCAGUUGUCAAAGAGAGCGAUGAGCCGAAACAGCAACCAGAAGUGACAGCCAAAGAAGUUCCUGUGAAGCAAAAACAUUCAAACAGCAUUAUAUCAAAGGUGAAGCAGUCACUUGUUAAAGCAAAGAAAGCAAUCAUUGGAAAAUCUCCAAGCUCUAAGACUAUCACAACUGAAGAAGCCAAAGAAGAAAUCAAAGUCAAGUGAUUAAAAAUAGAUUCAUGAGUUGGGUUCCUUAUAAGUUUUCAGGUACUUUUUAUUAAAUUUGUUGGUUUUGUUUCGUGUUGGGGGGAAAAAAAAAAAAGAACAUUCUUUUUUCUUUGUUUUUUUGUAUGGCUUUGUGUGGUUUAUAUAACUUAUAUCUGUAAACAUACAACUUUGCCUUUGUUUUAUGGAUGUGUGUUGAGAAAUUUCUUCAA